AUGGCCGAGCUGCCGGUGAGCAUCCCGCACGCGGGUGUGAUCUCCUGCGUUGAAAUGCAUACAAGCGGCGAACCUACCAGGAUCGUAUACGCCGGACACCCACAACUCACAGGCACCCUCCUCGAGCAGCGAGCUGAAGCGAAGGCUAAGUACGACCACAUUCGCCGGCGACUCAACUGGGAGCCUCGUGGUCACUUCGACAUGUACGGCGCGAUCUUACGACCGGAGACAGAGCUGACGGCUACCGGAAAAGCUCAUAUUGGGGUACUCUUCACGACCAAUGAUGGCUAUAGUACAAUGUGCGGACACGCGACCAUUGCUCUUGGUCGCCUGCUUGUUGACUCUGACGAGCGGAUCUUCGCGCAAAGAUCCAAGCUGGAGUAUGACCCGGAAUCUCAGACAACGCAGGUGAAGCUACAUGCCCCUUGCGGCCUCCUCGAUGUCACAGUCCCCACUUUAAAAGACGGCAGGCGAUCUGACCCUUCGAGGCCUGUAUCAUUUACUUCCGUUCCUUCUUUUGCGACGGGCAUAAGUGUCAACAUCCCAAUCGGUCCUGAAUACCAAUGGCCCGAGUUGAGGGGUCGCCAUAGCGUCACGGCAGACUUCAGCUAUGGCGGCGCCUUCUUUUGCCUUAUCUCACUUGGAGAGCUGGGCUUCUCAGGACGCCUAAACCAGGUGGACCUAGCGAAGACAAACAUUGCGACGAAGAAGCUGAAAGCUGCUAUCGUUGCCAACCCAGAUCUCCAAAGCCUCUUUCAGCACCCUAUUGAGGGGGACCUGAGCUUCCUGUAUGGCGUGAUGAUAGUUGAUCAACAGCUUGGACAACCAUCUUCUGACUCAGAUAGCGCGGAAACCGGGCUUUAUUACUUCUCCGGUCAACAGAUCGACCGAUCGCCGACUGGCAGCGGAGUGGCGGCGAGAGUGGCUUUGGCAUAUGCGAAAGACCCCAACUUUACCACCAAGAGGACAUAUCACUCGUUGGUGUCGCACGCAAUGACAACCAAGAGCAACAAUGGCGGAUUUAUUGGGACCGUUGUCCAGAAGGUGGAGGCGGAUCACCCGUUCCCGGUUGUCCUGGUCGAGGUAAAGGGCUCUGCGUACUACACAGGCUUCUCGCAAUAUGUCGUAGAGGAUAGUGAUCCUCUCGGCGACGACGGCUUCAUCUUCGAGAAACUUUCCGCUCCCCUGACGUCUUAG